GUCUCAUGGAAUCAAUUCAGUGAAUAGGAUUCCCAAUCAGUUAGAGGAAACAUGAAUAAAUAAACAUGGAACUUUAACUUUUUUCGGUGGAUAAAGAAUAAUCUGAACCUUGAAGGACCAAGUUAUAAAAAAAUGUAUGGGUUGGUUCAUAAAUAAAGUAGAAUAACGAUUGAGAGAAAUUUAAAAAAAUUUUAGAAUUUUUUAUUACAAGAAAGUACCAAUGGCGCGUCAUGGUGGAGGAGAUCUGCACGGUAUCAUCGCCGCGUCGUCUUCCCCGACAAGUUCUCCUCUUGUUCUGCUUUUGCUCCAGCGGAUGUGAAGCACUCGGAGCACAGUUUGGGCGCAGAUUCAGUGUCACUGACUGAGGAGAUCUGAGAGAAGAGCAAAACAGAGAGAUUCAGAGAGGAGAGAGAACUCGCCUCGCCAUCGUCCUGCCGUUGCCACCGCAGUUCAUCGCUUCCUCGAGUGCCGCCUCCAUAUUCUCGUCUUCAAGUCCGGCAUGGCCAAGUUCAUGCAUCAGUGCAUAUUAGAUGAAGGAUGAUUUCAAGAAGUGACAUAAAUUUUACUGUGAACAGCUUUUUCACAGGCCAGAGAGGAGGUUCAUUGAGCUGGAGGCUCUGGAGAAAAUUAUACAGAAAAGAAUAUUGUCAGUACUGAAAAUUUCAGUGGAGGCUCUGUUGGAUAUAGUAUGUAGUCUUGGGAGUUUGUUGUAAAAUUUUUAUCACAGAUAAUGUUUAAAUCUCCUUAUUUGGAAAAAGAAGUGGAGAUUGAAUGUUGAAGUUUUGGCAUUUAGCCCAUGAGUGAGCAACUGUGGCUUGUAAAUGAGAAGUUCUAAUUUAAUAUUUGUCGUUAAUUUCCUUUUACUGUUCAAGGGGAAACACUCAGAUUGUUUCAGAAUUUUCAUCGAAACUUGAUUGGCUGAAUACAGCUCCACUACAAUUUCGCAGGGAUCUAAAAGGAAAAGUUGUUGUCUUAGAUUUCUGGACUUAUUGUUGUAUAAACUGUAUGCAUGUCUUACCAGGCCUAGAGUUUUUGGAGAAGAAAUACAAAGAUAUGCCGGUAAUUUAUUUUAAAUUUCAUUUUUCUAUAUUUUGGAUAUAAAAUGUUGCAUUUGUGUUUCUGCUUUAUAAAAUUUUCUCUGUUUGUUCAGUUUUCUUCUGCAUGAAGGUGGCCAGUCAUUAUUGACAUUGAAAACAUGAGGUUAUAAUUUUAUGUAUGCUUUAUAUAUCCAGUUCAUUGUUGUAGGUGUUCAUUCUGCGAAGUUUGAUAAUGAGAAAGAUUCUGAAGCCAUUCGUAAUGCAGUUCUACGCUAUGAUAUCAUUCAUCCGGUUGUGAAUGAUAGUGACAUGUAUCUUUGGCGCAAGUUAGGCAUAAAUUCAUGGCCAACAUUUGCUGUCGUUGGCCCCAAUAGUAAGCUCCUAGCACAACUUGCUGGAGAAGGUCACAAGAAGGUGGUUACUGACCUUGAUGGGAACUUCAUUGUACAAAUUGGUAGUAGUUGGGAGCAAGGUCUGCAGGAUGAUUCAUUUUAUGAUGUCACCUUUAACAAAUUGGUGAUAGUACUUGAAAUUUAAUGGAGAUAUAGAGGAGACAGAGGAUUCGAUAAGCUAAUCAAUCUUGCUAUUCUUUUUUUUAUUAAUCAAACUAGUAUUUUGUGGAUUAUGUUGGUAUAUAAAUUUUUAGGAAUUUCGUUACCUGAUAUACUCAUUCUGUUCAAACAAGAGACUAUAGUUUUUGAUACGCUAUUACUAUUAAGGGUGAGUUUAUGUUUG